AUGGAUGCCGCCGCAGGUGAGCUGGCCGCCUUCCAGAAGGAGCCGCGGGCCUUCAGCCUCUGGGACUACGGCGUCUUUGGGCUGAUGCUGCUGAUCUCCACGGGCAUUGGGCUCUUCUACGGCCUGUCCAGGGGCGGCCAGAAGACCCCCGAGGACUUCUUCACGGGCAGCCGGGCCAUGUCGGCCCUGCCAGUGGGCCUGUCGCUCUCAGCCAGCUUCAUGUCGGCCAUCCAGGUGCUGGGCGUCCCGGCCGAGGCCUACCGCUACGGCAUGAAGUUCCUCUGGAUGUGCCUGGGCCAGCUGCUCAACUCACUACUCACCGCCAGCCUCUUCCUGCCCGUCUUCUACCGCCUGGGGCUCACCAGCACCUACGAGUACCUGGAGCUGCGGUUCUCCAAGAAGGUUCGGCUGUGUGGCACAGUCCAGUACAUCAUUGCCACGGUGCUGUACACGGGAAUCGUCAUCUACGCCCCUGCCUUGAUCCUCAACCAAGUGACGGGUCUGGAUAUUUGGGCCUCACUUCUCUCCACUGGCACCAUUUGCACUUUUUACACCACCAUAGGGGGCAUGAAAGCGGUCAUCUGGACGGACGUCUUCCAGGUCUUCGUCAUGCUGUCCGGCUUUGUGGCCAUCUUGGUCCAGGGGACGCUGCUGGUCGGGGGGCCGGGCCGGGUCCUCUCCAUUGCCUACAACCACUCCAGGAUCAACUUCGGAGACUUCAACCUGGACCCCCGCAGCCGGUACACGUUCUGGACCUUCCUCUUCGGAGGGACGCUGGUCUGGCUCUCUAUGUACGGGGUCAACCAGGCCCAAGUCCAACGUUACGUGGCCUGCAAGACGGAGAAGGAGGCCAAACUGGCCCUCCUGGUCAAUCAAGUGGGGCUCUUCGUCAUUGUCUCCUGCGCAGUGGGCUGUGGCAUUGUGAUGUUUGCGCUCUACAAGGACUGCGACCCCCUCUUGGCCGGAUACAUCUCGGCGCCUGACCAGUACAUGCCCUACCUGGUCCUGGACAUCUUCGAGAGCUGCCCGGGGGUGCCCGGCCUCUUCCUGGCCUGUGCUUACAGUGGCACUUUGAGCACGGCCUCCACCAGCAUCAACGCCAUGGCAGCCGUCACCGUGGAGGACCUGAUCAAGCCCAACAUGCCCGCCCUGUCGCCACGGAAACUCGCCCUGGUCUCCAAGGGGCUCUCGUUAAUUUACGGCACUGCCUGCAUCACCGUGGCGGCUCUUUCGUCCUUGCUUGGAGGUGGUGUGCUGCAGGGCUCCUUCACGGUCAUGGGGGUCAUCAGUGGGCCCCUCCUGGGAGCCUUCAUCCUGGGUAUGUUCUUGUCCACCUGCAACACCUUGGGUGUUUUCUCCGGCCUGGGCAUUGGCUUCCUCCUCUCCUUUUGGGUCGCUGUGGGGGGCACCUUCUAUCCACCCAGUGCUGGCACCAUGGGCGUCCUGCCCUCCCACGCAGCCCUCUGCCCCCUCUACAACGUCUCCCAGGGGCCCAACAGCACCCUGCUCUAUGGGCCGCUGCCCCCCCGGACCUCCUUGGAGCAGCCAGAGAGGCCAGCCAUCGCAGACGACUUCUAUGCCAUCUCCUACCUCUACUAUGGUGCCCUGGGGACCCUCAGCACGGUGGCUGCCGGGCUCUUGGCCAGCUGCCUGAAAGGGUCUGCUGGCGAGGACAGCAAGCGGCCAGCGGUGCUGUGGUGGGAUGUCAUGAAGAGGCCAUUGGACACGACCCCUGAGGACGCUGCUGAUCCCCAGAAGAAGGCGCUGGACUCGGCCUCCCUGGCUCUUGGCUUCGAGGGGGAGGAGAAGAACCUGCUGGCCGAGGGGGAGGUGGCCCUGGCCAGGAGCUCUGCCGAGUCCAUCUGUACCUGCCACGCUCUCGACCACGGCUGCUUCCACCUCCUCCGAGAGACCUGCGUCUAGGGUCGGAGGAUGGUGGGAGAGCAGGAGGACAUUGAACUGGCUGCCUCUCCAUGGGAUGAACGCAAAGACCCCUCCCCAAGCGGGCGGACACAUUCCUCACCUGGGGGCCGUUUCUCUCCCGAAUCUGCCUUACGCCAGCAGCUCCUGAGGGCCCCUUUCCAAGCAGACGUGGGCGUGGGUGUGUCGUUGUGCAAAACACACACGCAGCAAAGAGGAGAGCCCCUCCUCAACCCAGACAAUAUUUUUCUCUGCUAGAAAAUGGGAAGCCCCUCCGACACUGUCCAAGUCCAUAGUUCACCCUUUUCUUAAAAGUAGCAAGUGGUGAAGAAAUGCGGAGACCUCCUUUGUGGUCAAUUUCUGGAAGUCCACGGGCUUUCCCAAGGAAGGCUGGGAACUGUAGUUUGGAGGCAUGUUGGGCUUCCGGAGAGAAUUUUGCCCAUGUGGUAGUUGGUCCUUGGAGGUUGUCCCAGAUGCCUCCUGCCAAUCUUCGACCCAGCUCAGCUUCAGGAAGGAAGAGAGAAGGUGCAGAAAAGGUUGAGCCCAAGCAUGUCAGGGGCUGCCGUUCUUUCCCCAGGAGGACGCUGGAGACCCUCUUCAAAUGCAAGCAGAGGUCAGGCCAAAGGGGACCCUCCCUCAGAAGCUGCAGAGAUAAGAGGUGGGAUGUCUCUCCCUGAAGUAUUGUCCCAGCCAUCAAUGUGGGGGGCUUUAAAAGAAGGUGUCCCAAUGGAGGGAGGGGAUUCUUCACAAUGACCACAGGGUCUCCAGCCCACUUGAUAGAGUUGAAAGCUGCCCCCUGCCCACAGAAGAAGACACUAAGCGAGCCCUGCUGAAUCAGGCCAACUUCUGUCUGACACUUGGCUCUCCCAGGAGAGGCCCCUGGGGGCUCACAAACAGCAGUCUGGGGGACCCACCCCCUUCCCUCCUCCUUCCCCUUCAAGGCUCUUUGGGGUCCUACUGCCCUGAGACUCAUCGGCCCCUAUUUUUUUCAGAGCCAUGCAAGUUAGUGGAAGCUUGGCUGCCUGGGUGGAGAUCUCCAGCACAUUGGAACGGGAUGGCUGGGGGAGUUUUAUGCAAGCUGAGAGAGACCCCCUUGGGUGGAAGCACAGGAGCAGCUAGAUCCAAGGCAGGGUCUCACUUCAAAAGGGGGGCAGCCCCAGUGUGGGGCCUGUAGUGCUUUGGCCGCCUGCUUUGUGUCAGCUGCUUGGUGGCGGAAGGGUCUUCUCAGGACCCCUGACCACCUUUCAAGGGGAUGCUUCAAUCAUCCUGAUUUAUCUUGGAUCCUGGUCUGGAAUCCGGGAACUUUCCUGCUUUCCCAUUCAGAGUUUUGGCUGGGUAACA